UCCCACCUGAGGUUCCGACUUGCUUUCCUUUCCCCACCCGGUCCCCGGCCAUUGAAUUGAUCUUUCGCCGCCUUUCCUUUUGCCCCCCCGGACACUCCCUCAAUGGACUGACGGAAUAAUAAUCGGGUCCGGUCUCGACUUUCUUUCACUCCCUCCUCAACACUGACGAUCAUUCAAUUCUAAAUCUUUUCCCUCUGCAGCUCUUCCACUUCAUCUUUGCUCAAUCGGUCUUCGGAUUUGCAAACAUCUGACACCCCAACACUCGCUUCUCAAUUUUUCUUAAUUGAACGCCCCUCUUUUUAGUCCCUCUAUUACUCACUACUUGCUACUUGCCAUUCCGAUUCCCCACCGAAUGCUACACUGGUGAACGUUCCGCAGUCUGGCUUGGAAUUUCGGUCGGACCCCUCCCGCCCCUCUGUCUGUCUAAUGGAUAUCUCUCUUCCACCAUCCUCGAUUCGAUUCAGCUUCAAUUCUUAGAUAUGGAGGUUCAGACUCUGGUGUGCGCUCCGGGGAAGCCUCCUCUCCCCGCACAGCCCCAGCAUCCCGCAGCCGCUGCUGCGCCUGAGAAACGAAAGCGGGUCCGGCGAUGGCAUCACCGAGGCUUCACCGGUUGUUCAACAUGUCGUCGACGCCAUGUGCGGUGUGAUGAAGCGUCGCCGUCGUGCAAAAAUUGCACUCGCCUGGGGCUUGAAUGUGAUGGAACACAGGGUCGCAUGACCUUCAAGGUCUACGGGCCGCCACCGACCUCCACCGAAUCCGCAACCGCGCCCACGAAGAAACGAGAAAAGAAAUCGACUUCGCCGACACCAAAAGAGGUGAAACAAGAGUCAAAGGAGGAUGGGGAGCCUUUUGAGGCAUUGGUAGUGUCGCCAAGCACGGUUUCCGACUUCAAACCUAUCAAGUACCGUUUCCAGGAGCCGAUCUCCCCAGCCGAAUUCAUCUCUUCCUCGCUCGAUUGCGUCGAGGGCCGCUACUAUACACACUUUGUUGACCAAGUCGCCACUUUGCUACUCAUAUACGACAAUCCAAUCAACAUCAACCCAUAUCGGAGAUACUUCCCUGACCUCGCCCGGUCAUCACCGUCCAUGGCUAGUGCCAUGCAAGCCAUGGGCGCACUGCAUCUUGCCAAUACCUCCAAAGGACAACAAAGAAAUAAACACUUUCAACAGGCCAUGAGCAAUUACGGCGAGGUUGUUAAGUCGUUCAGAACUCGAUACACUGAGCCAGAUCAAAGUGUUAGGCUCACCGACCUCGCCACUUGUCUAUUGCUGUCCCUAUUCGAGAUGAUGGAUUCUCAAAACCACAACUGGGCCAUACAUCUCAAGGGCGCUCGCGAGAUAUACCGUAUCCUGUUCUCCACCAAUGACGACCCUGCGAAAGAAGCCAAGCGUCUCGCUGAAAUCAACCAUCCACUCCGACCAUUCCUUGUAUCCCUCCUCUCUUACCUCGAUGUUGCGGGAGCGUGUGCCACCAGUGAAGGCACGGUAGUUGAAGGCAGCUAUUGGAGAACUCAUGGUGGCGGCUGGGAGUAUAACCUCGGCACCCCUAGUCUGUCUACCGAACCGCCCGCCUACAACCAGCUUUUGGUGGAGCUUCGCCAAUGUUGGGCAGUGAUGAUGGAGAUCCAGGCGGCAAUCAGUGCCUUUGGAAAAGCCAAAAAUGAAGGCGCGAUGUCGCUCGAGCAAGAGGACCUGGUCUACCAUGAACUGCUGCAGCGUCUCGUUCAGUGGCGUUUGAAUGCCCCAGAUGCACUACAGAAUCUGGGCGAGUUGGAUGAUACGAGCUUGCAGCAGUACCCUUUCCCGUGCGUUCUCGAAUACGCAGGAUGCAUCGAAGCCUACGAAAAGGCCACUAAUAUAUUCCUACACCGGGUGGGAGCUGCAGGCCGACCUGAUCGCCAAGCCCAAAGACCUCUGUUGGAUAUGCUUGCUUCACGUAUCUUAGCACUAAUUAACAAGCUUGCCAAAGAUGUGGGUCAACUGGCGGUGCUAUGGCCUCUGUUUACCGCCGGACACGAGACACGAAACGAACAUGAACAGAAAUAUGUACGACAGACAAUGACUGAACUCCAGCGUUAUGGUUUCAAGAAUGUUGACCGAGGCCUUGAAGAGUUGGAGCAAGCAUGGUUCAAGCAGCGGACUUUCCCAGAAGGAUGGGUUGAAUCAAUGAACGACAUCCGAUCAUCCAUUCUCCUUCCUUGAAGCCUUUCUCCUCACCAUUCAUGAAUAUAUCCACUCGUCGAUAAUAAUUGGGCACUAUCACGCCCGAAUACUAUCUCGACUUCAUUCUUCACGAACCACGGUCGCGUGACAUUUCUUGGUUUCUAUAACAUAUUUAGCGGGGAACUUGAUUUUGACGGAAGGCGUUUGUCGGAGUUAAAGAGGCGCACGGGUUGGAUAGGGCUGGACCCUUGGGUUUGCUACAUAGGUAAUCUUGCGGGGGUCUUUCAGACCCGGAUAGGCAAGCGCAGUGGGGUAUAUGAUUAGCCUUGCCAUACACUGCCGAGUAUAGACGGCAUUCGGGACUUUGGUACUAUAUAGAUGAUGUUUUUGACGUAUCCAUCAGACGGAUAGAUCUAUUGCGCCC